UGCCUAAACUCGCCGUGGUCGUAUUCCAACCCUCCAGCCUACUUCGCUAAUUGUUCUGAAUUUUAUAAGAAGUUUCAGAACACAUUAUUUAAAUUAAGUGUUUUAAGUGCAGAUAGGGCGUGUGAAAUACUAAAUGGCGAUAUUGUGAUUAUUAAAACAUUUCUUAAGAAAGACGGGAAGGAAUUAUUCGUUGGACGACAGUUUAUAGAUAGGACUAACUUUUACUCGACUCCGUGCCCAUCUUCAGUGUUAAAUAUUUAUUUAUUGUCAAAACCUGGGCCAAUUAAGUGCUUUAAUACGUCUCAAAUAGUGAAGAAAGUGAUUUUACUACCGUGUGGCACUAAAUAUUUAGCGGCUCCUCUCAUUCAUCUGUCGGCAUAACCAUCACUAAUAAUUUAAAGUGAAGAAUUUUAUGCGCCACCGUAAUAAUGUCCACUAAUAAUUUUGUUUUUGUGAAAUUUAUUGACACUAAUGAAAUUGAGGUAGUGUCAACUGCAUGGUUAUGCGCAAAUAAUACUAAAUGUGCAUGGCCCAAUUACAAAAAUCCAAGCCGAAUUGUUAAAGCUGUUGGUCAACAUGAAGCUUCAGAACAAACCUGGUCAAUUCAUGACGUAAAACUUCUUGGGAGUGGGCAUAAAUUUGCAACUUAUCGCGAAGCCCUCCAAAAACUUCCAAAAGUGAUGGACCAGUCAGACGCAGAUGUUGGGAGCGGAAAUGAUAAAAACAGGUUGUGCCGAAACAAGGGAAAUGCGAGCGACAGUUCUGGAAGCGAUGGGGACGACUCACUCAGUCCUAAGAUACCACGUCCGCCCAUGAUAGGCAAAAAUUGUUAUUUACAAAAAGCUGGGCUGAAAGAAUCAACUGAAGGGGAGCCGAUUCCAGGAGGGAAGUCUAGCAGAAAUAAGACAUUAAGCAAUAAUAAUAUGCCGUUUAAGCUAUGCUUAGCUAAUCAGGACAGUACCAUAACUGUGAAAGGUACACAACCGGAAGUUAUGGGUGGGAAUCAAAUAUCCUACGAUAAAGGUGCAGGCACGUCUUCAACAAGCAACGGCGACGCCCAACUCUCCAUUAUUGGGAACGACAACGAAUCACCCGAAGUUGGAAUACUUUCCGCCGCGCUGCCCAAAUGA